CAUCCUUCACCUGAAAACGUAAAAAAAUCAGAAUUACCCCCAUCAGGGUAGGAAAAGGGAGAUGGCAUCGCGCGGAAUAAUCCAUUGCGAGUACGGCUUGCGCCUAUCGCGAUCUCCGAUCCUCCCAACCCCUUGUGGUCUGGCGCAAGCGCGAGGACGACGAUUAUGGCGCGAGCUUGCGAUUGCGCGAGUCCCGCGUUUAAGCUUUGCGUGGACGUGGACGACGGUACAGGUGAGGACAAAAGUGAGGGUUGCUCUGCCGAUGAGAGGGGGGAAAAUGGUAGCCUUGUUUUUUUUUAUUUUAUUUCUGCGAGGUGUACAUACUAACGAGUUGAUGGAAAUAAAAAUGCUGAAACUUUUGAAAGUUGAAUUUGUAUUGAAAUUAUACCACAGUGACUUUAGGCAAGCAUUGCGGAAGCGUUACGUGAAAGGUUGAACUAUGGAGCGCACUCGUUGAGAUUGUAGCAGGUACCGUUUCUUUGAGCGAAGUUGGUGAAUGGACUAAAGUGCGUUGCACUCGAUCUUUGUAGAGGACCGAUUAAAUUUUAAAAAACCGCUGCCAAUUCGUUAACAAGUAGCUUUCUUCAACUUUAUGCGCUACUCUGAUAUGAAAAUAUGUUUUUCUUGUAGGUGAGAUGUACGAUACAUUUGCUUUUCUAAUUUUAAACUCCGAAUCAUGCGAUCCACUAUUGAAUUAAAAAAUAUCUAGCUACACUCGAAACAUUUUGAAGAUUUCUCAUUCUCUAAACAUUCGAUUCAUUUGAGUUUUUGUAAAUAAAAUCUCUGUACAUCUAAAUGUUGAUCGUAAAAGAAAGAAUAUAACAGUUAAUUACACAUACUAUAGGUUGUAAUUAUUCAUCUAAAUUGAAGCAAAUGCAUUCCGGUGCAAUCUCCUUCCACAGCAGUGAUCCAGGAGUCGAGCUAUUUUCCGUGUAACACCAUCGACACGGGGUGACACCCCUUCCUAGUUUCAAAGCCAGCCUUAUCCAGUCGCGCGCGUCGUUGCUAAUUCGAAGGGGGUGGCUCUUGAGGGCGGAUCGUCCAAGUGCGCAUGCACCGAGAGGCGGGAGGAUAACCCUUCGUACAAACUUCGAUAUGGGCGCAGGUUGUCCAAAGCAGUGCUUUUCUAAACUCGCACGUGACGAGGUGGUUUCGGCUGUUUGUGAGGAUCUUGCAGCAACGGCCACAUGUGAUUUGAGAACUGUCUGGAAUCGUAAAACUUUCAACUAAACGCGUAGUUUAAGUACAAAAAAGGUAGAAACGGGGGUUUUGAUGUAAUUAAAGAAGCAGAGAGCAAAACUGACCCUUAUGGGAUCUCAAAGUAAUAAUAGGACGAUUUCGGAGGGCAGUUUCUCCGACGCAUUGUCUGCUCUUCAGUUACUCAGGAGCUACAACAAUCUAAUAACACCAAAUUCAGACGUGCAUCGUUACGACUCGUAUUCUCGGGCAGAAUACUCUUCAAGAGAUCCAGAGACUACAAGGACAAGCGCUAUGCUGACGGCGCCCCUAUCUCCUUUAGCCCCUUCCGCACCCUUUACUCUUACUGGAUUGUUGCAGCCUCCGCUACUUGCGGCCAUGCCACCAUUAGUUCCACCUGUGAAUAUUUCACACCCAUUCACAAAUGCUAGUGCUGCUGCAGCGAUGAGUCGAAAUAUUAUCGAAAAUGCUGUAAUAUCAAGUAUGCAUCAAUCCAGAAGGCCUCGAAGCGAAAAAAAACCAAUCCCCGAUGAACAAAAAGAUGAUAAAUAUUACGAAAGACGAAAGCGUAACAAUCAAGCUGCAAAAAAAUCACGAGAUGCUCGGAAAAUAAGAGAAGAUCAUAUUGCUCUUCGAGCAACUAUGCUAGAACACGAAAACGCGAUAUUGCGGGCCCAAGUAGUAACGCUACGAGAAGAGUGUCAGUCGCUCCGACAGAUGCUGAUCAAACAGCGGAUGCCGUCCAUGCAAUCAGUGGAUCAGUUGACCGACAGGUCUAUAUCAUCUUCAGUGACGUUGACCCCUGCGAACUCUGUUACCUCUUUGCCUUGUCCAGUUUGAAGUAGCUUUUCUUAAGCUUUGAAACUGCUGCUUUAUUCUUUGAUUGGCUUCGCUCAAUAAGGAAAUCGUUAUUUUGUUUCAAAAAUAGUUACACAAAUAUUUAGCAUAUGUACAUUUUGUAUUAUACAGUAUUGAAAACGAAAAUAUUUUAAUUGAGUGUAGAAAAUUACGGUAAUUUACUUAAAUCUUGCUGUGAUUUUUAAUUUUUAUAUUGAGUAAUUAAGUUACUCAAAAAAUAUUACUUAUAUAAUUUUGUGUAAGUGCCUUUGACGUGAAAAAUGCAUGAUCUCACCAAACUAAGCUAUUGUUACUAUACUUUAUAGCAUAAUCAAUGUGCAAUAACCUACGGCAUGAUCAAAAAUUAUAAUUAAUGUUUUUAAUAAUUUAAAACAAGGAAUCGUUAAUACGUAUGUAAUGUUAAAAAUGUUAAUGUCAUAAUAAACACUAG